UGGUUUAUUUUGUAGCGAAGUGCAGCAAUCAGUUAAAAAUAUUAUUUUUACCUAACACAAGGAAUACACUCACCCCCUUACCAAGUACCCCGUGCAUCUAUAUCGACUUGGGAUCUUGAAGACGUUCAUAGAGGGUCUGUGAAAACUCACUUCUUUGGUGCAUAGAAUCGAACAUCUGCUGGGCCAUAGUAAAAGGAGGGCACCAUGGAUGUUGAUUCACAGCAGACUAUGGAGGAAACUAUCCUGGUGGGUGAUGAUCUGAUGAUGGGCCCACCAUCACCAGUCAUUCCACCUGAAAUAGCGUCUCAUGUACUCGAAGGUGUUGAUCUCUGUGACGGAAUCUUGAGGAAUCUGUUCCUGUGCUUACAAAUCAAUGAUAUCGAGCCAUUCUGUCAGGAUGAGAUUGCUUUAUAUCGGCAAUGUGCAGAGAGAAGGGAUAAGGAGCUCCGGCAACGGCUUCAAGAUAGUGAACAGAAAUUAGGGAUGUCAAUGCCUCUAGAUCAAGCAAAAGAAAGAGCCACUCAACUAGAAUCAGAAGCCACAUCACUGGAGAGGCGCUUGAUUUUGGCAAGUGGACUUGAAGGUAUGGAAGGUUUUCGGCAGCGAUGGAGUCUACAUGGUCGCCUAACUGAUACCAAGAGAAGGCUGGAGGCCCUGAAGGGGGGAAUGGACAACAGGAAGAAGGAUGAGCCAGCUGAAAAUGUCCCUACCAAGAAAAGAUGGUUCUUCUGGUGAAAACAAUGGUUACAGGGUCGGUUAUAUUACUCUCACCAUCCAACAAAUUGUUUCUAUUGUACUUUUUUUUUUAUUGCCAAUGCUGUUCCUUUCUUGCUCCUUGUUUUCUUCCUUUUUGAGAAAGGGGAUUUGAGCCUUUUUUUUUUUACUGGUAGAGAACCUCACGCUUAAAUAUGUAUACUGUAGUUCGAUAAUGCAGGAAUGAAGUAGCUCAUGUGUUUAGUGUUAAAAGUGUGUUCUUAGAGGAUUUCGGAGGGGG